GGGACGGCAGAGUACACGACAACACACCUGAAGGUUGGCUAAUACAUUCCGUGUUAGUGGUUGACGAUGGAUCGGGCACGCGAAAUUCACCACCAUGCAUUCGUCUAACGUGUGUAAUUAGCAACCACAAUUGCGACUUCAUCACGCAAUCACUGGCUACCUUGAUUAAUAAAAGCACUACCGUUGGUCCACAGACGACAGCCAAGUGCUUUCUUUCCUUAUCCAUUUUCCGCAUAGUCGCGAGGCAAUCGAGACGUAAAGUGCAAAGAAAAAAAAAGAAUCGCCAAUUGAAAUACAAUUUGCGGGAUCUAUCCAAGUUGUUGACAAAACACCGCGCUUUUCACAUCAGCGACUACCAUUAGUCUCCAUUAAAACAGGAACAUUUCUGCAGUCGGUAACCAUAUUAAAGAAAAACGAGUUACGGUUGUGGUUUUUUCUUCCAUUAUUUUCAGCAAUUUGUUAAAAGUAAACUUGUGCUGAUCUGUCUUUCCCUGGUUCAUUAACUUUGGAGGAGUCUGAUCCUAAGAAACCAUUUCUCCCGGCUGAUCUUGUCUGUGCUUUGCAUUCUUUUUCAAUCGACUGAAACAAUAUCCAAUAACCGCCUUUGGGCCAUUUCAUACGUUUCCUAUUUUCGUUUUCUCUGUUUUUUGUUACAAGAAAAGGCCCGAUAAGCAAAAAUGGGUAUUACUACAAAACUUACUAGUGCUCAAGAAGCUGUGGCUCGCAUCGCCUAUCGUUCGGCCGAUUUUCUGUAUGUUAUUGAGUCUACAAAGACUGCGUUGACUGCCGACAGUUUAAAGGCAGUUCGGAAUCUUCAGGAAAAUGAAACUUUAAAUGCUUCUGGCUAUCGCCCUAUCGUGCAAAACCUUAAAGCGCAUGCUGACCCUUUCAUUUAUGUCGCUGACGCUUCUUCCCAUCCCAUCACAGCUGAAAGACCCCAUCUCGACGCUGUUGUAGCCGCUUCCGACUCUCUUUUUUUUGCUACCCCUCAUCUCUACACUCUAGCUAAUACUCCUGUUGUCGUCCACAUUGCCCUUGGUUCUACUGAAACUUUUGAUUUUGCCGCAGUCCGUGACACGGGUUUUCUUAUCCUGUUCUCUGGCAACAAUGCAGCUGAUGCUAGUGCUUCUAUUGCAGACACUAUUCGGACGGCGGCCCAGGCACACAAGCUUGCUUUGAAAUUGAAUACCGGUGUUUUGCAUUUCUACACUCCUGUAUCUAAGGGUGCCUAUGCUCUCGAGGAUGUUGCACUGCUUCCAACAAAGGACGAAAUGGAUUGGGCUCGUGAUGCUUUUGGUGAAUCCUUCAAGAUUCGUGGCUCGACUCCUAUUCAAACAACUUCGCAACGUUCCGCUAAAAUCCAAUCGGCCGUUGCAGCUAUUAAAGAGCUUGGUAUCUCACCAUUUGAUUUUAACGGCCCCGCCGAUGCUUCCACUGUGCUUCUUUCGUUUGGCAGCUCUGCAGGCUUGUUGAAUUCCGCUGCAACUGAUAGCAAGUUGGCUACUCUUUCUGUUCGUGUCUUGCGUCCUUGGCUUUUUGAUGAACUUAUUCAAGUUUUGCCCGAGUCAGUUAAACGCCUUGUUGUUUUGGAGCAAGUUUCUGCUCUUCCAAAGAAGUGGGAACAGCUGUAUUUGGACGUACUUGUUGAACUUAAGAGCAGAAACUCUGCUAUUGAACUUUUGUCUGCUCAAUAUGCUCUCAGUGCGGAGACAGAUGCCGUAAAAUUGAUUGCUUCUUUGCUUCAAGAGUUGAAGAAACCAAUCCCCUCUGCCUCCGAUCUUCGUUUUGUUUAUGGCUCCGUCAAGGAAGAGUCGCUGGUUCCGACUCCUCCUCUUAUAGAGGAGACCUAUCACAAAUUGUUGCAACGCGUUUUCAAAGCUCGUUUGCGUGUUGCCAACGAUUCGAGUCUUGCAUCUGCUAAAUCUAUUCCAGCACAAUUGGUAAUCUCUCCUCAAUUUGCGUUGGGUUCUGUGCUUGAAUACGAGAAGAAUCGUGAACACUUUUGUUCGCGAAUUGGUAAACUUUUGAAGGGAGGUGCUAUUACGAACAAUGAGACUCUUGAGGCUCUCUCUAAUUGGCUAGUUUCUGUUAACAACGAGGAUUCUACACUCGAUCCUACAUUGGUUAUUGAAGCUUUAAAGAAGGAUUCCGCACCUUCAGUACAAGAAUUGCUCUCUGAAUCUCACUAUUUUGUGAAGAAAUCUCACUGGAUUAUUGGAUCGGAUGCAUGGGCGUAUGAUCUUGGUAACUCUGCCGUUCACCAAGCCCUUUGUGAUGAGGCCAAUGUAAACUUAUUGGUGAUUGAUACGCAGCCUUACAGCACUCGUAAUGAUGUUCUUCAACGUAAAAAGGACAUAGGUUUGUACGCUAUGAACUUUGGAAACGCUUAUGUGGCCUCAGUCGCCAUAUACAGUUCCUACACUCAAGUGUUGGCAGCGCUGUUGGAGGCUGAUAAAUUCAAAGGACCAUCGGUUGUGCUUGGUUACCUCCCUUACUUUACUUCAGAGGAUGAUGCUAUAACUGUUAUGAAGGAGACAAAGUGUGCUGUUGACGCUGGCUAUUGGCCUCUGUAUCGUUGGACACCUGCAUUGAAGGAUGGUGAAUAUUCUGAUUUCCAGCUUGACUCCGAACGCGUUCGUGAUGAAUUAAAGAAGUUCUUGGAUCGUGAUAAUUAUCUUACUCAACUUACGCUCCGUGAGCCAAGACUUGCAAAGACACUUACUGAGUCAUUUGGUGCGAAGGUUCGUGAACAACAAAAGCUUGAUGCGCGUGCGGCUUUGAAUCGUUUAUUGGAGGGUCUUUCCGGUCCACAAUUGACCAUUUUGUAUGCCUCUGAUGGAGGUGUGUCUGAAGGUGUUGCUAAGCGCUUAAAUGGUCGUGCCACUGCCCGUGGAUCGAAGAGUAAGGUAAUGGCCAUGGACGAUUUUCCUCUUUCUGAACUUGAAAAGGAGGAGAAUGUUGUGUUCUUGGUCAGUACCGCCGGUCAAGGUGAAUUCCCUCAAAAUGGUCGGGAAUUUUGGAAGGAACUUAAGGGCAAUGUUGAUUUGUCUUUAAGCAAGCUUAACUUUGCCGUCUUUGGUUUCGGCGACUAUGAUUACUGGCCUCGUAAGGAGGAUAAGAUUUACUACAAUCGUCCUUCUAAGCAACUGGAUGCUCGCUUGGCUGAAUUGGGUGCGCAUCCUUUGAUCUCACUGGGUUUGGGUAACGAUCAAGAUCCUGAUGGUUGGGCAACUGCUUACAACGUUUGGGAGCCUGAAUUAUGGGCCAGCUUGGGUCUCGACAACGUUGAUGUCGACAUUAAUGAGCCAGCACCUGUUACUGCUGAAGACAUCAAGAGAACCUCUAAUUAUCUUCGUGGUACUAUUAUGGAAGGUCUUGCCGAUACGACUACUGGCGCUGUUUCAGAGAGUGACAGUGUGUUGGUGAAGUUCCAUGGUAUGUAUAUGCAAGAUGACCGUGAUAUCCGUGAUGAGCGUAAAAAGCAGGGUUUGGAGCCUGCUUACACUUUCAUGCUUCGUCUGCGUAUGCCUGGUGGAGUUUGCUCUGCUGAACAGUAUAUUGCACUUGAUGAUAUUUCUACAAAAUGGGGAAACAAAACUCUGAAAAUUACUACCCGGCAAACGUUCCAGAGUCAUGGUGUUCUUAAGGGUAAUUUGAGAAGCUCUAUUCGCGCGAUUGUCAAAGUUAUGUUGACUACAUUAGGCGCCUCAGGCGAUGUUUGCCGUAAUGUUACUGCCGCCUGUAUUCCUACGAACACCAAACUCCAUAAGCAGAUUUAUGAUGUUGCAAAGGAGGCUAGUGAGGGUUUAUUACCAUCCACAUCCGCCUAUCACGAAAUUUGGAUUGAGGAUCCUGAAACUGUUGAAAAGCGCAAGGUUGCUGGUGAGGCUGUUCAAGAUGUUGAACCCCUUUAUGGACCUACGUACCUUCCUAGAAAGUUUAAGGUUGGUAUUGCUGUUCCCCCUCACAACGACAUCGACGUCUAUAUUAACGAUGUCGGUCUUGUUGCUAUUACUUCAGAGGACGGAGAUAUUCUUGAAGGAUUUAACGUUUAUAUUGGCGGUGGUUUAGGUACGACUCAUAACAACAAGAAGACCUAUCCUCGUUUAGGUGAUCUUGCUGGUUAUGUCCCCGUUGCCAAGACUUUGGACAUUCUCAAAGCAAUCCUUAUUGUUCAACGUGAUAAUGGUGAUCGCGAAAACCGUAAGCAUGCUCGAAUCAAAUACACUGUUGAUACCAUGACUUUCGAGAAAUUUGUCGCAGAGACCGAAAGAAAUGCCGGUUUCAAGUUUGAACCGGCUCGUCCUCAGCAGCCUUUCGUUGAUAAUACUGAUGAUUUCGGUGGUUGGGCUAAAACGGAUCUGGGUACUUACUCGCGCACUAUCUUCAUUGAAAAUGGCCGCAUUGAGGAUACCGCUCAACUUCAGUUCAAAACUGGCAUGCGUGAACUAGCUGAGAAAUUGUUAGACACCGGUUCAAAGGCUGAGUUCCGCAUGACUGCUAAUCAGCACAUGAUCUUGCAUAACGUUAGUGAGUCCGAGCUUCCUUGGGUAAAUGCGCAUCUUGCUAAGUAUAAACUCGAUAAUACUGCGUUCACGGGUCUUCGUUUAUCGUCCGCUGCUUGUGUUGCUCUUCCUACAUGUGGUUACGCAAUGGCUGAGAGUGAACGUUAUUUGCCCAAGCUGAUUACGAAGGUCGAGGAUAUCAUUAAUGAGGCAGGACUUACCAAAGACAGCAUUACGAUGCGUAUGACUGGCUGCGGUAAUGGUUGUUCAAGACCUUGGGUUGCUGAAAUUGCUUGUGUUGGUAAAGCUCCUAACACUUACAAUCUUCUUCUUGGCGGUGGACACUCCGGUGAGCGUCUUAACAAGUUGUAUAAGGCUUCGGUCCAAGAGAAAGAAAUAUUGGAUCUUUUGCGACCGAUUAUUAAACGUUAUGCCCUUGAAAGGCAAGACAAUGAGCCUUUUGGUGAUUUUGUUAUUCGUACGGGUUACGUUACUGCCACUGAACGUAAUGGUGCUAACGGUGCCGUGCAUGAAGGAAUUUCUGCUGAUGCUGCUUAGAGUCUAACGUAUUACCUUCGAAUUUAGACUAAAAAAUUGGAGAGGAUUUGGGUAAAAUAAUGAACUUUUUUACGGUGUUUUUAUACUGAAUGGAUAAACGCAAUUGUUAAUUUUGAAGUCUUUUAGUUGCUUGUCCUCAAUUUAUUUUUUGAAUGAGUCCGCGGUAUAAUUAUACCGUUUCCGUCGGACACGCAAGAUAUGUAUUUGCCUGAUUAUAGAUAGCAGGAACGAUUUUAGUCUUGUUUUGCUUGCUGAAGCGUAAGUAUUAAAGUCAAAUUUCAACCGCGUUUGACGUAUAUCGUAAUUGUAUCAACCCGUUUUAAUCAUCUAUAAAUGUGUCAUGCACGAUUGAAAUUUUGUGUAACAUCGACUAUGGAUCUAGUACUGGCAAAAUUGUGGAUCAAAAUGGGCUUACGUUUCGUAGUUGUGUUAGUUAAUAAAUGUCUUAUACUUGCUUUUUAUUGGAGCC